GAGUAGUAUCCCAUAACCCAUCGUGCAACUGCUACGAUAACCCAUCACAAAACCUGGGCAGCUCUCUCCUCGUUGCUCCGAUUGCCGCCGGGAAGCCAAAGGCCGCCGUCCGCCGUCAUGGACCCAAGCUCCGAGAUCGUGUACGACAUGCCCGGCUUCAUACGCAUCCACAAGAGCGGCCGCGUGGAGCGCUUGCAAGGCACCGAGACCGUCCCGCCCUCCCCCUCCGGUGACCCCGCCAACGGCGUCGCCUCCAAGGACGUCGUCCUUGACCCGGCGGCCAACGUCUCCGCCCGUCUCUACCUCCCCGCCGCCGCCGCGGCGGAGCCUGGAAAGAAGUUCCCCGUUGUCGUCUACUUCCACGGCGGCGCGUUCGUUGUCCACACAUCGGCCUCACCGAUCUACCACAAGUACGCCGCCUCCCUCGCCGCCGCCGCGCCCGCCGUCGUCGUCUCCGUCGACUACCGUCUCGCUCCGGAGCACCCCCUCCCGGCCGCCUAUGACGACGCCUUCGCGGCCCUCCAGGCGAUCGUCGCCGCGUGCCGCCCGGACGGCGCCGAGCCCUGGCUCGCCGCGCACGGCGACGCCUCCCGCGUCGUCCUCGCCGGCGACAGCGCCGGCGCCAACAUGGCGCACAACACGGCGAUAAGGCUGCGGAAGGAAGGCAUCGAGGGCUACGGCGACAAGGUCAGCGGCGUCGCGCUCUUGCAUUCCUACUUCUGGGGGACUGAACCGGUGGGCGGCGAGUCCCCGGACGCAGCCUUCUUCUACCCCGGCGACGUGGAGCGCGUGUGGGAUGUGGCCUGUGGCGACAAGUUCGGUCGUGAUCACCCGUACAUCAACCCGGCAGCGUCGCCGGAGGAGUGGCGCCAGCUCGGGUCCGGCCGCGUGCUGGUCACCACGGCGGAGUUGUGCUGGUUCGUGGAGAGGGCCCGCGCGUACGCGGAGGGGAUCAAGGCGUGCGGGUGGGCCGGCCAGCUCGAGUUCUACGAGACCAAGGGCGAGAGUCACACCUACUUCCUGUUCAAUCCCGACUGCGACGAUGCCGCCAAGGAGCUCGCCAUCGUGGCCGAUUUCGUCAGGGGCUGCUGAGUUUGCUUCGCUUGCUCAUCCGAUGAGUGAUUCAGUAAUAAAGGAACACGCGAUUUCUAAAUCGGUAAUUGGUAGCACC